AUGUCCCACCAGCAGGUGGAUGAGGAGACGCCAUUGCUACAGUCCGUGCAGCAGAAGAAGGCUAGGACACCAUUGCCUUGGCGUCAAUUCUCUAUCAUACUGUUUCUCCAGCUCGCAGAACCACUUACUUCCCAAGUUAUAUCCCCCUUUGCACCUCAGCUGAUAAGAGACAUUGGGAUUACGAAUGGCGAUGAAACCCGUGUGGGCCACUACGUCGGACUUAUGCACUCCCUAUUCUUUGCUACCCAAGCUCUCACCGUUCUCCACUGGAGUCGUAUAUCAGACCACAUCGGACGGAAACCUGUCAUUUUGACAGGCCUCUUCGGAUUAUCUAUCUCAAUGUACUGUUUCGGCCUAUCCAGAACCUUUUUAGGACUCGUAUUAAGCCGUGCUCUAAAUGGUGCAUUGAAUGGCAAUAUUGGCGUAAUCAAAAGUAUGAUGGUAGAGAUUACCGACUCUACCAACUUAGCCCAGGCAUAUGCGUAUAUGCCAAUAGCUUGGUCAAGUGGUGGGACCCUUGGCCCCCUUAUAGGCGGAUCGUUAUCCCGACCAGUUGAUCGGUUUCCGAACAUCUUCGGACAUUCCCAAUUCUUGAAGACUUAUCCCUAUUUCCUCGCAUGUGCUGUACCUGCCACCUUUUCCGCAUUGGCUUGGGUCGUCACGUUCCUUUUCUUGCAAGAGACUGUGCCUGCCAGGGUGACUCUCGGGCGCUUGCUCAAGGGGAAAUAUUGCGAAGAUUCCACCCCUGUCAAGGUCCCCGUGACACCCACAGGAUCAACUGAUUCCCUAUGCACCGAAGAUACCGCUCAGUGUGCAAACGCUGACUCCAAGCCACUACCCCUUCGCUCGCUCUUGAUACCCAAAGUGAUCAUAGCUGCUGGAAAUUAUGCCGCUUUGUCACUUCUCGAUAUCGCAUUUCGUGCUGUGCAACCUCUGUUCUUCGCCACACCGCUAGAACUCGGUGGGCUGGGAUUAGAUCCCCCACGCAUCGGCAAUAUUCUAGCUAUCUAUGGUGUCAUCAACGGCUUGUUCCAGAUCUUUUUCUUCGCCGAUCUCCAUGAUCGUUUCGGCUCAAAAACGAUCUAUUCUGCGGCAAUGGCUGCUGCAGUCCCGAUGAUCAUCACUCUCCCCAUCCUCAAUGCUGUGGCCAGGGUACAGGGUUUGAGCCUCACGGUAUGGGUGAUUGUCGGCCUGCAACUUGUUCUCUCGAUGAUAUUAAAUCUGGCGUAUUCUUGCGUAUUUAUUUAUAUCGCCGCAGCGUCUCCGAACCAUGCAUCUCUUGGCGCAACGAAUGGGAUCGCUCAGCUGGGUGUUUCGAUCGUCCGAACGAUCGGUCCCGCAUCCGCCACAUCUAUAUUCUCGCUCUCUAUCAAGAACCCUCACCAAGCAUGGAUCGUCUACUAUUAUAUGAUUUCCCUUGUCUGUCUGGGCAUCUGCGCGUCGCUCUUCCUUCCCCGACGAUUGUGGGAUCGACGUUAACGAAUCUUAUGCCCGCGGGUGUUUUCCCUGAGGCCCCUGAGGGUGUCUUGGAUCAAAAGAGCUUUUCGCGGACAUUGUCAUCGAGUUUCGUAUUUCACUAGUCUUGACCUAUGAGUUCUGGGAGAUUUUCCACUGCGUCUUUUUUAUUUGAUAGUGUUGCAUUUUGAGUCAGGAUCCAACAUAGCUAAUACCUGGGACAUCAGAUGGUCAAUGCUGAUGCACCCCAGGUAAGUCCAGAUAUUGUAAUCAUUCCCGGAUAUUUCUUACCCCAAAGUUCAAACUGACC